GCCCAGCCCCCGCCCCUCACAUGUCAGCAGCAAUCUGAGUGUGUCAGUUUUUCUGAUUGUGGCUGUGAAGCGACACCUCAUUGGUUUGGUCUGCCUGUGUCUGGGAAGCUUCCAGCUGGAGUUUUCAUCACGAUGAGUGACCAGCAAUGGCAGCAUCGGGAGGGACCCGCCGGCCGAGACCCAGCCUCAGAACCCCCCUCCCCAGCCAGCCCCCAACGCCUGGCAGGUUAUCAAAGGCGUGAUGUUCAGGAUCUUCAUCAUCUGGGCCAUCAGCAGCUGGUUCCGCCGAGGGCCGGCCCCUCAGGACCAGUCAGGCCCCGGAGGAGCCCCACGCGUCGCCAGCCGCAACCUGUUCCCCAAAGACACUCUAAUGAACCUGCACGUGUACAUCUCAGAGCACGAGCACUUCACAGACUUCAAUGCCACCUCAGCGCUCUUCUGGGAGCAGCAUGACCUCGUGUAUGGUGAUUGGACCAGUGGAGAGAACUCAGAUGGCUGCUAUGAGCACUUUGCAGAACUCGACAUCCCGCAGAGUGUCCAGCAGAAUGGCUCCAUCUACAUACACGUCUACUUCACCAAGAGCGGCUUCCACCCGGACCCCCGGCAAAAGGCCCUAUACCGUCGGCUUGCCACAGUCCACAUGUCCCGGAUGAUCAACAAAUACAAGCGCAGGCGAUUUCAGAAAACCAAGAACCUGCUGACGGGAGAGACAGAAGCUGACCCAGAAAUGAUCAAGAGGGCCGAGGACUAUGGACCUGUGGAGGUAAUCUCCCACUGGCACCCCAACAUCACCAUCAACAUCGUAGAUGACCACACGCCAUGGGUGAAGGGCAGCGUUCCGCCUCCUCUGGACCAGUAUGUGAAGUUCGAUGCUGUGAGCGGUGACUACUACCCCAUCAUCUACUUCAACGACUACUGGAACCUGCAGAAGGAUUACUACCCCAUCAACGAGAGCCUGGCCAGCCUGCCGCUGCGCGUCUCCUUCUGCCCACUCUCACUGUGGCGUUGGCAGCUCUAUGCCGCUCAGAGUACCAAGUCGCCCUGGAACUUCUUGGGUGAUGAGCUGUAUGAGCAGUCAGAUGAGGAGCAGGACUCAGUGAAGGUUGCCCUGCUGGAAACCAGCCCCUACCUACUGGCUCUCACCAUCAUCGUCUCCAUCGUCCAUAGUGUCUUUGAGUUCCUGGCCUUCAAGAAUGACAUUCAGUUCUGGAAUAGCCGGCAGUCGCUGGAGGGCCUUUCAGUGCGCUCAGUCUUCUUCGGCGUUUUCCAGUCCUUCGUGGUCCUCCUCUACAUCCUGGACAAUGAAACCAACUUUGUGGUACAGGUCAGCGUCUUCAUCGGGGUCCUCAUCGACCUCUGGAAGAUCACCAAGGUCAUGGAUGUCCGGCUGGACCGGGAGCACAGGGUGGCAGGAAUCUUCCCCUGUCCCAUUUUCAAAGACAAGUCCACAUACAUCGAGUCCUCCACCAAAGUAUAUGAUGAUAUGGCGUUCCGGUACCUGUCAUGGAUCCUCUUCCCGCUGCUGGGCUGCUAUGCUGUGUAUAGCCUCCUGUACCUGGAACACAAGGGCUGGUACUCGUGGGUCCUGAGCAUGCUCUACGGCUUCCUGCUGACCUUUGGCUUUAUCACCAUGACACCCCAGCUCUUCAUCAACUAUAAGCUCAAGUCCGUGGCCCACUUGCCAUGGCGCAUGCUUACCUACAAGGCCCUCAACACCUUCAUCGAUGACCUGUUCGCCUUUGUCAUUAAGAUGCCUGUCAUGUACCGGAUUGGCUGCCUGCGGGAUGAUGUGGUUUUCUUCAUCUACCUCUACCAACGGUGGAUCUACCGCGUCGACCCCACCCGUGUAAAUGAGUUCGGCAUGAGCGGAGAGGAUAUCUCAGCAGUGGCAUCUGGGGCCCAGGCACCUGCUGUAGCAGGGGCCCUCACACCGGUGCCCAGCACAACUGUCACAGGAGAGGAUGCCUCCACAGCCCCUAAGACCACCCCUGGGGCCAGCCCCACCAGCCAGCCCGGGGAAACGCCUCCAAAGCCAGCAGAGGAUAAGAAAAAGGAUUAGCCACUCAGUCCUCCUCAUCUGCUCCUGGUGACCACCACCCACCUCCCCUGCCCCUCGCCUCCCCUCCCUGCUGCCCUCUCCUUGGACAGAUCGGGCUGGGGUGGCAGGAGGCCCUCUCUGGCCAGGGCCCAGAGUAUAAGAUGGGACCGGGCAGGCCGGGGCUUGCUAUGUGUGGAGGCACUGUCUGUCGUCUGUCUGUCGUCUGUUCGUCUGUUCCUGUCUGUUUCCAGAAAUCUCGCCCUGCCAGACCAGCACCAUCGGGAAUUGUGAAGCCAAUGCGGUGCAGAGGGUGGGCCAAGCAGGGGAGGGGCCAGGAUCCCUCUGUGGGACACCUGCGGUCCUCCAUCUUGUCCCUCGUUCCCUGACUGCCCACUCCCAGAUUGCCACCCUUUAAGAGUCUGGAUUUAAUAAAUUCAUAUGGGUGUUUAACUUAAGCUCAA